CUUUAGGGCUUAUCACAGAUAUCUAAAUAGCAUUUCGUCGCCCCUCAAUCAGUUCGAGUGUAAGUACCGUUCUUCCUUACUGAUUAUCUCGGAUCAGUGGCAGAGGUUACAGUUUAUUCCCUUUACUUUCUACAUGUCUAAAGCUCAAGAUCCAUUUUAUAUCGUCAAAGAAGAGAUUCAAGAAUCCAUCGAUAAAUUGCAAUCAAGUUUUCACCAAUGGGAGAGGAUUCGUCCUGAAGACGAAGAACGAGUACAUCUCACGAAAGAGCUACUUGCUAAUUGUGAGAGCAUUGAGUGGAAGAUAGAUGAAUUGGACAAGGCGAUUUCUGUGGCAGCUAGGGAUCCAUCAUGGUAUGGCAUUGAUGAAGUGGAACUUGAAAGCCGAAGGAGAUGGACCAGCAAUGCCCGAACUCAGGUGGGAACUGUGAAGAAAACUGUAGUAGCCAGAAAAGAAACUGGUAAUACUGCAAGUGCGAUGCACCGUGAAUUGAUGAGACUGCCGAUUUCUCAUCAGGCAGAUAGAUCCAACCUGUAUAGCACAGAAGAUAAUGACGACUUUAUAGCAUCGGAAUUAGAUAGACAAAUGCUUCUCAUCAGGCUUUCAAACAGCGGCCCGCAAACGCUGUGGCCGCUAUUUUGCGGAAAUACCAACAUCCGAAACUGAUUUUGAUGAUUUUAAUGGUGAGUUGCGAAUUUACGUCGAUAGUGGUCCGUCAUGUCCGUACUGUAAAAGAAAAUGCUCAAGAAACAGAUAGGGGAGUAAAUAUUCUUACUGAACAAAGGAGAAGGCAAAUUGAUACACUUGGACUUGGAGAGAAUCAAGAGCUUCUAGAUUUUUCUAUAUGUUUGGGUUUUCAAUUCAAAAAAUAUAUAUAUACAUGUUUGAGCCA